GGGAUCAAAAUUCCCUUGUUUCUCCUGGGAAUUACCUACUGAUGCGGAGUAGACAACCUUAUAAUUUGUGAAUAGCACUCUUUGAAUCAUGCCUCGUAAAAGUUGGAAAUUUCUUUGGACAAUUGCUUUCAUAAUGCAUGACCUUGGCUUACAUAUUGCAUGAUUUUUAUGAUAAUCCUACAAAACUUCCAAGAUCAAAAAAUAUUGCACUACUCCAUAAAUCUGGCAUUUGUUUUAGUUCAUUUUACAUUGACAAAUAGUCCUUCUCAGUAGUCAGUGUACUUGAGUCGUGUUUAACGAGCUGAAAGCAUUCAGCAAUCCUGUGAUUUUGGAGAUUAAAACACCCAUAUUGGCUGUAAUACAUUCAUGAAGACUUAAUCAAGUAAUGAGAACACGACCUUAUGUUUUUUUUUGUUUUCUGUUUAGUUUUGUGGGGAAUUUUCACAAAUUUUUUUGAGGUAAAAUUUUCACAUCCUAUUCCAGCAAUAAUUAUUUGUGAUAUCUGCUCACAAAUCACAAUCCACUAUGGUUGAUGAGAAAUGAGAACUGAUAAAUGCAUAUCAUGCAAAUUGUCUCGUAACAUGGUACUUUGGGUUAAAAUCAACCCGAAUCUGGUUUCCAAUUAGAUAAGUUUGCCACAUUAUGUCAAUAUCCUAUAUUAUGACGUAACUUUUUAUAUAUUUGAUUAUUAUGUAUUAUGAUGAACAACCCACAAUCGACACAAAACCAAAUACGGAAACAACCCAUUAAAUUUACUCCUAAUACGGAUUAACGCUUUUUCUACGGUGCUUUAAUUGUGUCCAAAGGGCCAAGAAGAGCAACAAAAUUUCAGAGUACGAGUAGUUUCAUCAAAAUCUAGUAGGAAUCCAAGUUCUACGAGGAAUAGAUUGCCUAAUGAAAGUAAUAUUAUACAGGGGCAAAAUCGUCUUUUCUUAUAGUAAGCACACCUUAUUUAAGUAACUCUGUUUCAUAAUUCAGCGUUUAGCACCUGAUCAGUUUACUCUUCCUCUAUUUCCUCUCUCUCUUAUUAUUCAAAUUUGCAAGCUUUAAAGGAAACAUAUCAAACUUUUAUGGAAGAUAAUCACGCAAUUUGGAUUGCAUCAACAUAAUCUCAAUAAGGGCGCACGCUAAAGAGGGAAUUCGUUGCUCAUCAUAAUUCCAUAUAAACAUGGCUCUAAAUGUGACUGGCUGUCCAUGUCCAAAGCCGAUGCAGGCUACCUCCACCGGUAUCUUCCAAGGAGAGAAUCCACUCGAAUUUGCUCUCCCCCUUCUAAUCAUACAGAUAGUCCUUGUUCUUGUCCUCACUCGUUCCUUGGCGUACUUGCUUAGACCUUUGAGGCAACCUCGUGUCAUCGCUGAGAUUAUUGGAGGAGUGCUACUAGGUCCAUCUGCUCUUGGUCGUAACAAGGCGUUCCUCCAUGCAAUAUUCCCACCCAAGAGUCUACCAGUAUUAGACACACUUGCCAACCUCGGCCUCAUCUUCUUCCUCUUCCUCGUAGGCCUAGAAUUGGAUCUAAAAGCACUCCGCAAAACAGGAAAGAAAACCAUGAGUAUUGCAGUUGCAGGAAUCUCUUUACCCUUUGCUAUGGGAAUUGGUACAUCAUUUAUCCUAAGAGCAACCAUUUCACAAGGCGUUAGCCAAGGUCCCUUCCUUGUAUUCAUGGGGGUUGCGCUCUCUAUCACCGCCUUUCCUGUCUUAGCCCGUAUCUUAGCUGAGCUCAAGCUUCUAACCACUGAUGUAGGGCGAAUGGCCAUGUCAGCAGCCGCGGUCAAUGAUGUGGCAGCAUGGGUUCUACUUGCUCUAGCCAUAGCUCUUUCUAGUACCGGAAAAUCUCCUCUUAUAACCUUAUGGGUAUUCUUGUCUGGUGCAGCUUUUGUUGGUCUGUGCAUUCUUAUAGUCCCUCGUAUCUUUAAGUGGAUGAACCAGCGUUGCCCAGAUGGUGAGCCGGUGGAUGAGAUUUACAUUUGUGCCACAUUAGCAGCGGUUUUGGCAGCUGCAUUUGUGACAGAUACUAUUGGAAUUCAUGCUCUUUUCGGGGCUUUUGUUAUUGGGAUUCUAGCACCAAAAGAAGGGCCUCUUGCCGGUGCAUUAGUAGAAAAAGUUGAGGAUCUUGUAUCUGGACUUCUCCUUCCUUUGUACUUUGUUUCGAGUGGUCUUAAAACAAAUGUAGCCACCAUUCAAGGGGCUCAGUCAUGGGGACUUUUAGGUCUUGUCAUUUUAACUGCAUGUUUUGGCAAGGUUGUUGGGACUUUUACUGUAUCUCGCCUCUGUAAAAUACCUGUCAAUGAGGCUGUUGCGCUUGGGUUUUUAAUGAACAGCAAAGGUUUGGUCGAGCUGAUUGUCCUCAACAUUGGUAAAGAUCGAAAGGUGCUAAAUGACCAAACAUUUGCAAUAAUGGUACUUAUGGCCUUAGUCACCACUUUCAUCACAACACCAAUAGUGACAGCAGUGUAUAAACCAGCAAAAAGAACACGCGCAUAUAAGCUGAGGACAAUCCAAAGAAAAGACUCCACCUCUCAACUCAGAAUCAUGUCAUGCUUCCACAGCAAUGGAAACAUCCCAACAAUGAUCAACUUAAUUGAAGCUUUACGAGGAACAGAGAAGAAACAAGGACUCACAGUCUACGCGAUGCAUCUCAUGGAGCUUUCUGAGAGGUCUUCUGCAAUCAGAAUGAUCCACAAAGCCCGAAACAACGGGCUUCCGUUCUGGAAUAAGGCAAUGAAGUCAGAUUCAAACCAAGUUGAGGUAGCCUUUGAGGCGUACGGGCAACUCAGCCGGGUCCAAAUCAGGCCCAUGACUGCAAUUUCUCACUUCCCUGAUAUGCAUGAAGACAUAUGUGGUAGUGCUGAGAGUAAAAGGACUGCUCUUAUUAUCCUCCCUUUCCAUAAACACCAGAGGGUUGACGGGUCAUUAGAAAUAGCAAGAAAUGAAUACAGAUUGAUUAACAAGAAGGUCCUUCAAAAUGCACCUUGCUCGGUUGGUAUUCUGGUAGACCGCGGGCUUGGUGGAACUUCCCAUGUAGCAGCCAGUAAUGUUGCCUCAACUAUCAGUGUGUUCUUCUUUGGCGGGCCUGAUGACCGUGAAGCGUUGUCUCUUGGUCUGCGGAUGUCUGAGCAUCCGGGGAUCACUCUCAUCAUAGUCCAUUUCAGAGCGGGCCCUAACAUGGAGGGAGGUGAAAUUGUGGCCCUCGAUAUUACUACUGAUAGUAGUAGUAAGCAGGAUACAAAAGCAUCAGACGAAGAUGCAAUCAAUGCUGUAAAGCAGAAAAUGUCAAAGGGUGGAUCAGUUAAGUACGAGGAAAGAGUGGUGAAAACGAGUUGUGAUAGUGUCGGUAUAGUCAAUGAAUGUAGCCGUUGUACAAUGGUUUUAGUAGGACGAUCACCAGAAGGUAUGGUGGCUGCAAAUUUAAGUCUGAUUGUGAAGAAUGAUUCCCCUGAAUUAGGGCCAGUUGGUGGAUUGUUGACCUCUCAGGAGGUAUCAACAAAUGCUUCUGUGUUGGUGAUUCAGCAAUUUAGUGGCGAACCCAAGCCGGUGUUACUUGAGGAAGAAGAAGAAGACGAAGAAGAAGCAACUGAUGAAACUGAAACAGAUUGAUUGAUCGAAUUUAGUAAGACUAAUGUACUCAUGCAUGAUCAUAUAUUUUCUGCUCUGUACGUACCUUUCUUUUAAUACAGAAAAGUAAAUGUAUGUUAGUUCGUUGUAGAGAAUUUGAUGAUGUCGAACACAGAAGGCUUUGUGAGAAAUUUCUGAUUUUUUUCUAAUACAGAAAAGUAGAAGUUUAGCCUCCACAGGAAA